UGGUGUUGGAGGAAAAAAACACAGCAGCAGCCCCAUCAUCAGCAGACGCCAGCGAUCAGGAAGCUUUCUGAGGUAUGGUCCCGUGCUGAUGGCGCACUCUGAGCUGUUUGUGACAAGAGCGCCCCCUGUGGAGGGGAGAGCUGUGGAGCUGGAUGUUCUGAGCUUCCUGGACUCUUUUGGGGACGAAAACAGCACCGCAGAGAGAUGCUACCGCUCGCACUCCCGCAGCAGCGUCCUCCAGGGUCUGCCAUUUGGAGGGAUACCCACUGUCCUCGCCAUCAAUGUCGUGCUUUGGAUGUUCCUGUUGCUCAUCUUCUCCUGUCUGAGGAAGGCUGCUUGGGACUAUGGCCGCCUGGCUCUGCUCAUGGAGAAUGACAGUCUCACGUCUUUGUUUUAUGGAGAACCAAGUGAGAAAGAGAAGUCUCCAUCAGAGUCCAGCCCCUCUGACUCUGAGACCAAGGACAUGGGCUUUUGCUCGUGGCUCUCAUCACUUUGCCAUAUGAAGGAUGAAGAGAUCCGUAGCAAAUGCGGCAUCGAUGCUGUCACAUACCUGUCCUUCCAGCGCCACAUCAUCCUGCUCAUGACAGUGGUUUGCCUGCUGUCUUUGGCCGUGAUCCUGCCGGUCAACUUUUCCGGGAACCUCCUGGGAGACAGUCCUGAAAACUUUGGAAGAACAACACUGGCUAAUGUUAGCGCAAAGGACAGCUUUCUGUGGCUCCACAGCAUCUUUGCUCUGGUCUACUUCAUCAUCACAUUGCUGUGUAUGGCUCACCACUUGAUCCGGCUGGAGUACAGAGAGGACGAGAAGGUAGCCAGGACACUGAUGAUAACCUCCAUACCAAGAGAGAUCUCUGACCCAGGACUCAUCACCAAACACUUCCAUGAGGCCUACCCCAGCUGUACUGUCACUGAUAUCCGUUUCUGCUAUGAUGUCCACAAGCUGAUGAGGCUGGACUUAGAGAGGCGCAAGGCAAUGAAAGGAAGGCUGUACUUUGCCACAAAGGCCCAAAAGGAUGGAAAGAUCAUGAUCAAGACUCACCCGUGUGCUCAGAUAUUCUGCUACGACAUCUGUGGCUUUGAGAAGGUGGAUGCAGAACAGUACUACAGCGAGUUAGAGGAGAAGCGUACGGAUGAGUUUAAUGCUGAGAAGAACCGCAUCUCCAUGAAGAGGCUGGGCAUCGCCUUUGUGACUUUUCGUGAUGAGAGGAUGACUGCUGUGAUUGUGAAGGACUACGGUUUCGUUCGCUGCCGCCGCAGACCGCAGCAGUCCAGCAUCACCACUGUGGUGCAGUCGCACAAAUGGGGGGUCAGCUAUGCACCUGCACCUAGUGACAUCAUCUGGGAGAACCUGUCAGUGUGCGGAUCUCGCUGGUGGCUCCGCUGUGUUCUCCUCAACAUCCUCCUCUUCCUGCUGCUCUUCUUCCUCACCACCCCUGCCAUCAUUGUCAACACAAUGGACAAGUUCAACGUCACAAGGCCCGUGGACAGUCUGCGGAGCCCUGUCAUUACCCAGUUCUUCCCAACCCUCCUGCUUUGGGCGUUUUCGGUGCUCCUGCCCUUCAUCGUCUACUACUCAGCCUUCUUUGAGUCCCACUGGACCAGAUCUGGUGAGAACCAAGUAACAAUGCACAAGUGUUUUUUCCUGCUGGUCUUCAUGGUCAUCAUCCUGCCCUCACUUGGUCUGUCCAGCCUGGACCUUUUCUUCACAUGGCUCUUUGAUGUCCACUUCCUGGAUGAGAAGGAGGUCAAAUUCCAGUGUGUGUUUCUUCCCGACAACGGUGCAUUCUUCGUAAACUAUGUGAUUACAUCCAGCCUGAUCGGCACAUCCAUGGAGCUGCUUCGUAUCCCAGCGCUGACGGUGUAUGCCCUCCGCCUCUGCUUCGCCAAGUCCCAAGCUGAGCGCAUUCAUGUUAGACGGAGUCAGGCCUAUGAGUUCCAGUUUGGCCUGGAGUACGCCUGGACCAUGUGUAUCUUUGCAGUCAGUAUGACCUACAGCAUCACAUGUCCCAUUAUAACGCCCUUUGGUCUCCUUUAUGUGAUCCUGAAGCACAUGGUCGACCGAUACAACAUCUACUAUGCAUAUGUUCCCACCAAACUCAGCCAGCGGAUCCACAGAGCAGCCAUCAGCCAGGUUAUCCUGGCUCCCAUCCUCUGCAUGUUCUGGCUGCUCUUCUUCUCUGUGCUCAGAUUAGGUCCAAUGCAUCCCAUCAGCCUCUUCACCAUAGUGUCCCUGCUCUCCUGUAUUGCCUUCUCCCUCUUCCGCUUGUGCCUUAGGAAGCAACCAGACAAGUCGACAAGCUACCAGAUGUCUGAUCAGCCUGCAGAGGGGACGUUCAGUGAUGGCGACAGAUCUACUGUAACAUCCACCACUGCCUCCAGUCUGUUUGUGGCAUCCGUGCUGCUGGAGCCAGAGCUGGCUUUGACUCCCAUGCCCUCCCCAGCCCACCACAGCUACGGCGCCAUGGCCAGCUCCCAGAGUUCAAGCCACGGCCCGGCAGAGGAAGAGGAGUGCGAGGAGGACCACGCCCAGACUCAUGAGACUGAGCUUCAAGAUCCCCCAGACCCCUACUGCUCCAGCCCACUAAUGGACAGCCCCGUUGGGUUCCACUAACGCCAAAUCCCCCCGAGCUAAUUCCACGUGUCCUUCACCUGUGGAUUGCUAAACGCCGCAAUGCUGACCUCAGACUCCAACUUAGCUGCCUCAGACCCUGAGACCAGACUGGGCUUGUUAGAGAGGAUGGGGAAGCUGAUGUGGAAAGAAGCUUAAGAAUACAGGAGCACGAUCCAUGUAAACAUCACUAUCUAUAUAUAUAUAGACAGCAGUUUGCCAAAACAUCUCGUGAACCUGUCUCAUGGACACAAACAUCAGUCUCCACAGAAGACAUCCCUAAAUGUACAGAUUAUUUUAGUUAAACUAUUGGAUGCUCUGUGACAGGGAUUCUUCUUCUAUGGCUUCAUUUGCAAGUUAAAAAGGUUAAAAGAGACUGGGGUGGAAUUGCCUUGGGGUUGCUAUCACAGAUACUCUGUUCAUACUUGCCACUUGGACAUGAGCAGAGGUGAAAGUUCCCAUCAGAGUGGGUGGUGUGAGCAGGCUUGCCCCAGCAGACUGACAGAGUGGUCUGGGUGCGAGUGAUAUCUGGUUCCUCGGCGGCAGAGCUAGAGGAGGCUGAGGGUGAGGGCAGCUAGUUGUGAAGCCAUCUGCAGUGAGAGAGCAGACAGACGGAGGGCCAAGAUGUACUGUAAGAUAUGUACACACUCUCCAAGGAGGCACAAGCAGCUUGACUGUACCUGCAGCUUGUUGUAACUAUUAUCAAUUUAAGGUUGCUAUUUUUGCUACAGUAUUUUUGGUGUCAUUGAUAUUGUGCUUUGGGUUUGGGGCGUGGGCUACUGGAGGUUGUAUAAGGAUUUGCAGAACUGUCCCAUCUUAAUCAGACUUUUCCCUUAUUAUGCUGUUUUGACUAUGUAUGUGAUCCAAUUAAAUUUUUGCUUAUUAUUUAGAAGAAAUAGUUCAACAUUUUGCUUUGACUAGUUUGCUUAAUGGCAGAGAGUUAGAUGAGAAAAUCGAUACCAUUCUUAUGUCUGUACGGUACAUAAGAAGCUACAACCAGUUAGCCUAGCUUAGCAUGAAGACUGGAAACACUCACGUCACUACAGUAACUUAUUGAAUUCUACUUGUUAAAAAGUAGCAACUUCAGAGACUGAAAAUGAAGCCGACGCAGUGCUGAAAACUGCAGUUCCUCAAAUGGCCACUUGAGGCUGGCUCCAAAACAGUCUCCACAGACCCCCAUGUUACAAUGCCCAACUUUACAGUAGAAAUAAACAUGUUUACAGCCUAGUACAAAAACUUUUCCGGUCUUUAUAGCUAAUUCCAACAUUAAUGACAACUGUAUGUUUGUGAGUUUGUAUUUAACUCACCCAUUCACUUUUUUUCUGAAGGCCUAAAGUUACGUAUAAUUAAGGGUGGAGCCGGUGGAGUGACCGGCUGUCUGCAAGGCUUCACCACAGUCUAUGAGUCAGAUCCACCCCUCGCUCCUCAACAGCUCCACAAUCUUUCCAAAUAUGGUUACCUCGGGUCACUUAUGACUCCAAAAAUCAAAGAAAGUGAUGGACAUAAUGCGGAACAGGAGUCCAUUAUUUUUAUACAGUUUAUGAUUGUCACCAAGCCCCAAAUAAGUGUGCCAGGCUUUGAAGCCAAUUUUACAUAGUGGCCAAACAUAGAAUUACAGUGUCAGGGUCUGUCACUUGAUGCCAUGGGCUCAAAAAGACUUUUUCCUGUAGACUUAAAUUGUGAAAGAAACGUCUGUAAGUCAGUGGAUAAAUGUUUUUGAGUGUCACAACCCCUGCAAAAUGAGUUGUUUAACUAUUGGGAUAUGAUACAGUCAAUCCGAUAACGUUCGAAAGUCGAGAAGAGCCACACAAUUAAAUCACUUUAUCCUCACUCAAGUUAGCGGAGUGCUAAACUGAAAGUUAGCCGCUGUUCUAUGGAAAAUUCAGGUAAUUUCAUCCCACAAAAAUCAAGCUUUAUCAGCUUCAUGUGCCACUGAGCCCCCCCAAAAAACAUACAUUUUACACAUUAGUUUUACUAUGAAUUAAACAAAUGUGAUAUAGCAUGUUAUUUAUUAAGCUUUAAAGGUGCUUUAUUGUGCUUUGUUUCCUGUGGACGGAGCCAGGCUGACUGUUCUCCCCCAUUUCCAGUCUUUAUGCUAAGUUAAGCUAAGUUGCUUAUAUCAGAUAGUUUAUAUCAUCUAACUCUCAGCAAGCAAACAAAAUUUGUUUCUUUUCCAAAAUGUUGAACUAUUCCUAUAAGUUGUGUGAGCUAUGGAAAAAUUAGAAGCACAUCCUGAAAUUGGAACAUUUUGAAAAUAUGCUGAAAGUAACUACACGGUAUGUUACCUCUUAAACUAUUAUGUUGCCAUAAUGGCUCCAAUUUAUUUAUUUGUUUAGUGUUGGUAAAUGUUUGUGCUAAAAUUACAUUUUCUCCCCAAAUACAAACAGUAAAAAUCAAGCACUACCAUACUGUACCAUGGUUUUAGUUGCAUUAAUGUAUUCUGUGUGACACGCCACUGCAUGUUAUGUUGUAUAAAUGAGGUAUGCAUUUCUAUCCUUAUUCAUAAUAUCCAGUUUUAUGUGCUAUUUUCAUUAGUUUGCUGUCUGUGUGUUUGCAGGUUUUGUAUUUUGGAGUUGUUUUUAUUUGAUGAAAGUUUUUCUCAUGAAACUGAAUGUAAAGUGAUUGUAGUUCAUUCAUUUCUCUUGCUGUGCCUUGAACAAACACUCCUUUUUGUGUGACAAUCCAGCAUGGCCUGAAAUAUGCUGCAUGGACUGAAAACUAAAGAGUGGAGAAACAUCUAAGAGAUGAAAACACAACAACAAACGCAUAAACAACCCAGAGUAGUGAUUUUCAUCACACAGUCAAUGGGUAGCUCAUUCUGUUUGUCACGAGACAAGCAGUAGGCUCAUUCCACUAACAUACUGACAAAACAAUCUUCAAGCACUUAAUACCAUUUUCUGGAGCUUUCAAACCAUAUCACAUGGUCUUCAUCUGCAAGUUAGUUUGUCACAGAAUUGUGGAUGAAAAAACUUUCCACUUUUCAGUGCAUGUUUAGGAGUUUUCUCCAUGUUUGACAGCACAUUCUUGACUAUGCUAAAAAAGAAAAAGAAAGCUCUACUCGAGGUCCACUUACUUGCUCUUUGUGGAACUUUAAACGUCUAAUGUGGAGGAUUUAGAGUCAUCCAAUGCUAACAUUAACAUUGUCGCCUCACAGCAAGAGGGUUCCUGGUUCAAAAUUAGGGUAGGGGUUUCAAAUCCCAGGGUGGAGAGUCCUUCUGUGCAGAGUUUGCAUGUUCUCCCCAUGUUUUCUCUGGGUACUCCGGCUUCCUCCCACAGUCCAAAGACGUGCAGGUUAAUUGGUGACUCUAAAUUGGCCGUAGGUGUGAAUGUGAGUGUGAAUGGUUGUCCGUCCCUAUGUGUCAGCCCUGUGAUAGUCUGGUGACCUGUCCAGGGUGUACCCCGCCUCUCGCUCAGUGUCAGCUAGGAUGGGCUCCAGCCCCCGCACCCCCUAACAGGAUAAGCGGUUACAGAAAACAGAUGUAUGAAUAAGAAUAGUUGUGUGUUUGUUACCUUAGAAUGAGCCAUGCAUAUCUUUAUACAGAGCAGGUCCUCUUCCACGGAGUCUGCCAUUUUGUUCUACAGUAGCCCAGACAAAUCAAACACUAACUCUAGACUGAGCCAUUUGCUUUUUCACAUUGACAACCCUAUCUCUCUGACAUGCUCUGCUAGAUACCAGACCCCAAGAUGGCGCCUGUUCAGUCCAACGGAGUUGCUUGCCAGGCACAUACACCAGUAAAAGUUUUUCUACCUGCCGGAGUGUUAUGCUGCAGUAUCCAGUCCAUUGAAUAUGCACAGUAGUGUUUUUCCCGCUGGCCCCGUCUGAGUUCCCACUUAGCUCAUAGAUUUUACAUUGUGGUGACAUCACAGAUUUUCAAAUAUCUUUUCUUGGGUCAAGGAAGGUUUUACAAAUAUAAAACCUCUAUAGAUCAAAAGUCCAUAAUAGAGAGAGUCAUAGUUUACCCUGUUUGCACUUCGAGGUGUCCUGUUAUCAGGUUUUCAGAUGUCCCUUUUACAAUGGUAGUCUUCGGGGAAAGUGCUGCAGGGGAUUUUUUUUCACUGCAAUACUGCAAGUGACCACUAGUAAACUACUGCUACGUGCCACUAAAUCGUACACACUGGACCUUUAAGAGUAAACUGUAAUGGUCAACUUGUGCAGCAGCAUGGACGCUGAGAAGUCCUAAAGAUGCCCAGGAUAAUAGAAAGUUUGAAGGUCUACAGAUCAGUGACAGCGAAGCAAACUUGCUUGCUGAUGAAAACCAACACUGUCAACACUAGGCAAACUUACUGUGUGUCUUUACAUCACAGCAGUUGCAUCGCUUUUUUAAGCUUUGCAUUGUGUACUUGUCGGUGCCUUGUUGUCGAUUUCAAUCAGUUUCUCAACUGUUGUAUUCUUUGAUUAUACAGAACAUAUACGAUCUAUGGCCAAUCUAAAAUCUUUUAAAGUGGUUUAAUCCAGUGUCAUUCGCUUGUGUGUGAUUUCUCUGUAGGUUGUUUUAAUUGUAACAUGUUUGAUGAACAGUGAUAGCACUGUCUAGAUCAGUUCAGCAUAUCUUCUGUCAGAACAGCUGAAAAAGCUUCUUGAUGUCCAGUCCUGUUGUUUUAGUCCAUUUUAUGUUCUGUAUGAAGGUUUAAUAUAGUUGAAUCAUAUAAAAUCACAGGCCAGUACUUUCAUAAAAACUGAUGGCAUAUUAUUGCCUAAAAUGAAAUGCACUUUGCUCCAUUUCACAAGGAAUCUAAUUCUAGCUCCUUGUGCUGUAUAAAACAGAUGAAAGCUGGCAGCAGAGAGAAUGAAGUGGUCAGUGCUGAGAAUCAUGAAGUAAAAUCUAUUUGGGAAAAAAAACAAAACAUCAAAGAGCAUCUCAACAUUUCUGUCUGUGAACUACCAACACUGUGGGUUUCUCUUGCAGAAGCUUGUUUCACAGAUCAUUAAACGUACUUUCCUUUGAAAAUACAAAAUAAAACUUAUUAGGGUAUUCUUAGCUCUAAUGGCCAUGCAAGGAGGGAUUGUCCAUUUUCAUGCCUAACUAGUUUUAUUGUAUCCUGUCAUGUCUGUUCAUAUACUGUCGGCUUGGCCAUCCGAGGCCAUCUAUUUGGAGGUACAUUAGCUUUCCAGACACGUCCACUGGUUUUUGCUCUUGGUUAUGAAAUGUGUGUAUCAAAAGUGCUUUACUUUAUGCAGUAUGUGAGCCUGCUGUAAAUGUGGGUUAUUUUAUCUCCAAGAAGGUUGAGGUUAAGGGACAGACUGCGUUUGAGAUUGAUCUCUGUCAGGCUAACGAGUUUUCAUCUGUCAAAAGUGA